CGAGCCAGGCUGCAUUCGCAGCUUCCGACUUCUUUUCUCCACACGUGUGGUGCUGUUGUASUUCUGCCCAGUAAUUCUUACUGGUAGCGUGGUGCUAAGCUACAUCGAAGAACAGAGUGGCAGCGUAGCUGAUGGAGUUUGCCGUUGAAGCUGAAGAGACUUCGGGAGGAGUUCUCCAGAGGAUAGCUGAGGGGGUGCGCCUGAGUCCCGAGUCCGGUAGGGAGGGAGUCAGGGACUUAGCAGGGAUGGAGGAGGCCAGUGGUGGAGAGAAGGGGAAAGGAUUUACAGGAAGGAAGAMGACAGAGAAUGCAAAAGAAGGAAGUGGGCAAAAAGCAGAGGAGRUGCGAAUGGACUUAACAAUUGUAAAGCAAGAAGUCAUGGACUGGUCGGAUAUAGAAGGCGGCUUGUUGAAUGGCCAGUGGGUAAAGCAGGAGGUGGAGGAUGGACCUGAGGUGAAGGAUGAGAAAACUGGCAUAUUAGAGGUGAAGCAGGAAGUGGAUAAUAGUAGUUUGGUGGUAAAAGAAGAGAAGGUAGAUGAACUAGGGGUAAAGGAAGAGAAGGUGAAGGUGAAGGUGAAGGAAGAAGUAAUGGACUGGCCAGAAGUGAAGGAAGAGAAGGAGGAUUACUUGGAGAUAAAACAGGAGGUAUUUGUUGGUCAGGAUAUAAAAGAGGAGGAGAUGAUGGAUGGAGCCUGUGUAAAAGAAGAGAAGGAUUUCAUGAAGAAAGAAAUGAUGGAAGACACAAAAGUGAAAGAAGAGCCUGAGAUCAGUCCCCCAUUGGGCUGCAAGAGGAAACUGGCCAUGUCAAGCUGUGUAAAGAAACACAAAGCAGAACUGACCUGUAAUGGAGUUCGAAAUAAAACUGCUUUUGUUUCAAUACAACAGUUUACUGAAAUGAAUCUCCUAAGUGAUUACCGAUUCUUAGAAGAUGUGGCAAGAACAGCAGACUAUAUUUCUAGAGAUGUUUUCUUGAAAAGACCAAUAAGCAAUAAACAUAUGUGCUUUUUGAAAAAUCGUGCUCGAAAGCAAGGUAUUGACUUAAAACUUCUACCUACUGGAUUCACCAAGAGGAAAGAGAAUUCAACAAUUUUUGAUAAGAAAAAACAAAAGUUUUGUUGGCAUGUAAAGCUCCAGUUUCCUCAAAGUCAAGCUGAAUACAUAGAAAAACGAGUACCAGAGGAUAAAACUAUUAAUGAAAUUCUAAAACCUUACAUUGAUCCUGAAAAGUCUGAUCCUGUUAUUCGUCAAAGGUUGAAAGCCUACACUCACUCUCAGACUGAGGUCCAAAUUUUAAUGAAGGUUGAAUAUAUGCAGCAAAACCUAGUAAGAUAUUAUGAACUGGAUCCUUAUAAAAGUCUCCUAGACAAUUUGAAGAAUAAAGUGAUCAUUGAAUACCCAACGUUAUAUGUUGUGUUGAAAGGAUCUAGUGAUGACAUGAAAGUUCUUCACCGAGUGAAAAAUGAAUCUACCAAGAACCUUGGCAGUGAAAAUUGAGCACUUCUUCUGGAAGAAGAAGGUGAAAAUUCCAACAGUUGCAGAGAAUUAUGCAUUGAUGGGCUUUUGGAUAAUUGGGGUAUUAUUAAUGGGCAGUUGGAA